AAACCCUAACAUAACCAAACAUUUUGUUAUCCUCUAAGAUUUUAAAAAAUCCUAAGUUGAAACCGAAAAAAAAAUGGAUAACCACGACGAUAUGCUAUUUUCUAUGUUAAAGGAAUGCCAAAAUUUGUCCGUGUUUUUAGACCAUAUUUUUGGCUUUUUAAAACGAAGAACCGAUUUCUAUCAGAUCAAAGACGAUAAAAAUUCGCCGGUAGGAUUACCCGAAGGAGUUGCAGAAUCACUCGUUAGACACACAUUUUACAAGUACCAGGCACCAAAGGAACAUGUGAUACCAUCUGAAGAUAUACCAGUAGUAUCCGAAGAAGUUUUGAUUGAAGACGUAAAUGAAACAGCUUGCACUGAACUGAUGGAAAAUUUAACAGCUGGAGAUAAAUCCAUUUUCACAGCAUCUGAAAGUUAUAAUGGACAAAUUUUCAAAGAAUUCUGUUGGUCACAAAACAUUCUAGAUGUAGAUAUUUUUGUUAAAGUACCAAAGGAUAUUACAGCUAAAGAUGUAUGCGUUUAUAUAACACCUGACUCUGUUACUGUUAAAUUAAAAGAUGGCACAACAUUAUUACAAGGCUCACUGUGUCAAAAUAUAAAACAUAAUGAAGCAAUUUGGUCAGUGGUCAAUAACAAAAUUGAAAUCCAUUUAGACAAACGUAAGGACAUGUGGUGGGACUGUCUUUUCAAAGGUCAUAAAAAGUUGGAUGUAUCCACUAUAGAUUGUAGCAGACCUUAUGAGGAUCUACCAGAAGAGGCUCAGGUAAAAAUACAAGAACUGCAAUGGAACCAAGACAGGAGGUUGCUAGGAUUGCCCACAUCAGAUGAAUUGAAGAUGCACAAGACAUUACAGAAAGCUUGGGAUGCCAAGGGGUCUCCUUUUUCAGGACCAUUUGAUCCUAGUCAAGUUCAAUUCAAUUGAAUUACGAUUUUAGAUAUAUAUUUGAGAAUGUGAUUUUUACAUAUUUUUAUAUAUUUAUUGACAAGUACACAUUGUGUUAUAACUUUUAUAACGGAAUAAAUACGUUUGAGUUAA